AUGCAUGUCGAGCCAAAUCCCAAACAGGAUAUAGAAAACUUAUUAAUUCUUACAUUUCUUCAGGGAGGCAGCGUGGCCGAGUGGUUAGGCCGCUGGAUUUGCGUGGUGGCCCUGGUGUUGAUUCAACCCUUUGUGUUUUUUUCAAGAUAUACUGUACUAAUUGUUGAUAAAUAUCCCUUGUCCUUUCAACACAUUAUUCAGGGAGGCUCUGUCGGAAAGGGAACAGCUGUCAAGGACAAAGCAGACAUCGACUGUGUGGUUUUCUUCAACAGUUUGAAAACCAUGGAAGAUCACAAAGUUAAGUUGCAGGAAACAAAGAACUGCCUGGAGUCAUGCCUCAAACAGAGUCCCACCUAUAAGAAAGACCAAAUCACCUUUGAUCGAAAGACGCGCUUCGCUGUGAAAUUCAAACUUUGCCUGGAUUUGUCUCCAGAAUUUGACAUUGACUUGUUGCCGACAUUUACUGCAACUGAUCUUGAAAGUCCAGAACAAAGGUACAAACUGUACGAAGAAAUGAUUGAUUGUACAACAGAAGACCAGGAUUUUUACUCAGCACAUUUGGUGAGCUUACAAAAGGAGUUUGUCAAGGAUCAACCACCGAUUGUGAAAAACUUAAUCCGUCUUGUAAAGUACUGGCGCAAAACCUGUAUUGAAGACAAAAGCACUGGUGAACCUAGACUGCCAUCUUCAUAUCCGCUGGAGCUCAUCACCAUAGAUUGUUGGGAGAACGCAGCUGGAAAAACUUCAUUUGACAUUCGGGCCGGCUUUAAAGCUGUUCUUGAACGGUUAGCUGAUAAUUGCCACAUACACGUCAUUUGGCAUAAAUACUACGAUAAGGAUCUCGCUGAGAGAGGGAUCAAGAUGUGUGAAAGCCCACCAUUUGUUCUGGACCCUGCCAACCCAACCAACAACGUAUGCAGUGCUAGUGAUGCCGAGGGAUGGAAAACCGUGGCAGAUGUGGCUAAAAUGACACUUCAGAGGCAGCCACUGAAGGACAUCAACUUCAAUAAAAACUGGGAAAUAAUACAGAUUUAAGACAAUCAUAGGUCAUAAAUAGCGGUGGGCCGAUACCGAUAACAAAUACUCGAUAUCACUGGCGUUUCCUUAAAAAGUAUCAAUACUUUUGGGAAAUAUCGAUCGUUUCGAUCUCUUUCAAUACUGCACUCGUGACUGCUCAAUGAAAUAUUCCAGGCUGUUUCAGUGCCCUAAAACAAUAUUUUUCUCGUUAGUGGUGUUGUACUGCACUCGAAGGAACAAUCGCAACCUUGCAACUUCCAUCUAGAGGUGACGUAAAUACCUGGCAUGCGCAAUAGUUCUGGGAGUCUGAGUUCUUUUUGGUACCCAUAGAAGAAAUUAAAAAUGAUACACUUUUGCUAUGGUUUUUUUUUUUAUAUGGACUAUUAAAAGGCUUUCAGUGCUUAAUUGAUAACAUCUGAGCAAAAUUUUGAAUGACGUCACAGUAUUGAUAUCGAUAUCGAAUAUCGAAAAAAAACCGAAAUAUCGGUAAAUAUCGUACUCGUAUCGUAUCGAUUUAAAAAACUGGUAUUAACCCACCACUAUAGUCACUGAUAAAUGAUUCACUUCGCUCUGCAUUGUUUUGAAGUAUUUAAUGAACACACUUGUUCUGUAUUGUCAAUAGUAGAACUCCCAGUCAGAAGCGCGUGCAAGCGGAGCACCAUAGCAAAAGAAUAUGUAUCCAUGCGAUUUAAUUUGGAUUGUCAGGCAAGCGUGCAUCCAUACUCUAUGAUUGGUUUUCACACAUACGUGCGUAAUGCGUGCAGAACCGACAAUAUUUCUCUUCAAAUACAUGACCUCUUAACUAGGAGCUCUGUGGUUAGGCUUGCCUAUCUAUAUAUAUUAACCAACUAUUUAGUUUAAAAAAUUGUUAAAAGGUAUAAUUUCUAGGUUGGUGGGCGUAAGCACCUUAAACAAUUUAACAAAGCCGACACGCAGUCGAGGGUUUGCAUAACUUUCGAGAAUCUUUUACGAGUUUGAAAAUUCUCGCGUGCUUAUGAUUAAACGCACUUUUAUGAAUCUUUCCUAUGAAACUCGUGACAGUGACAAUCAACUGAUAUUCAUUUCGUUUUCACUGUUUUGUAUUUUUUUAAAAUCACUAUCAAUAUGGUGUCUUUUCUGUUGUUAAAUUGCUGAUCAUUAACGGUCUUAACGUGCUGUUAACCCUCCCCCCCGGGGGGUACUCCCUUAUAUGAGCUCUAUAGGUAUGUGCGGCCCCAUAAGGUAUGGUUUUUCAACCGUUUUGGUCAUAAAUAGGAUAUUAAAAGCAAGCUAAUAAUCGACCA